GAAGUGACGGUCAGCUCUCCUGAUUUCUCACGCACCAACAAGCUCAUCAUCGACUACUUAUGCACGCCACACAUUGCGCUGCUGCCCCUAAUUGGGUACGGCGGAGGCGAGGCCAGCUGCGAGGCGGAGAUCGAGGGGCUUAGCAAGCUCUACGAUCUGGGGUGCGUCGAGUUUGUGGCGGUCGUUCCCGGCAGGGACACACACGGGCGCAACUACUCCUUUCCCAUCAUGGAGUCAGGCAACGUUGGGGACUCGGGGGAAAGUUUCAUUGCGGGAUACGUCGAGCAGCUGCACCAACGGGACAAGGCCCAGUGGCCGCACAUUAUCUGGUGUCAGUCGCCUUGGUGCCCUCCUACCCUACAACAGCUCGGGAUCGAGAUUCCAGUCAUCGUCACGCUGCACUAG